AUGGCCACCGUCAUCACUAUCCAGCCUUCCCCAACGGCUGGCUCGGCUGCCUCCCCAGCCUAUUCACAGACUCACCACUCGCCCCCCGAGCAUCUACGUCGUCGUGCUCACCCUACCUCGACUGCCACACCCAAUACUCUCUCACCAUCCCCGGUUGCCGGUCAAUCCAAUCUAGCCCGUAUCCCAGGACGGGAUGGAGCGAGUUGUGACGCCUGUCUUCGUAGAAAGAGUCGUUGCGCCAUGAAUGACAUCACCAACAAGUGCUACUCGUGCGAUUUCCACCGCCAGGAUUGCACGUUUACUCUAUCUGGGGGCCCCGCGGAAGCUCCUACGAAGAAGAGGAAAUUGGACGACUCUGCGCGGGAGCAUGGAGAAUCUGUGAAAAGACCCUCCACUGUCCAAUCAAACCAUUCUAUCUCUGAAAGUGAUGCCCCUCGCCCUCAACACACUCAAGCCAUGAUCCGUUCGGGCUUCUUCAACCAAACCACUCAGCACAUUGGCAUGACCACGGAGCUGGAGCCCACCUUACUUGAAUACCUCCCAUUGGAUGAGUACCACGAGUGUACCGUCUCCGCCUCGCGCAUCCGUCGGUGCGCCGACGACUGUACCUUUAUGCGGGUGGUCAACACCGUGCCUAUCGGCGACUCGCAGGCCGUGUCGCUGGACGCUAUCGAGAGCCUGGUUGCUCCGUACGGGUCAACGUUGAUUGAGAAGUUCUUUGAGCAUGUGCAUCCCUCAUUCCCCAUCCUCAUGGAGGAUGCGUUCCGCCAGUCAUAUCGUGAGCGUCGACAAUUGUCGCCGCUGCUGCUCGCUGCCGUGUACGUGUUGACAUUGAAGUUUGUGGAUGUCGGCGUGACGUCGCAAACAGCACGGAGACCCGAUGCUUCGCGAUUGGAGAGCACGGCGCUGAAGCUGCUGAUCGAGUCCUUGCCUUACCCGAGUAUCUCGACUAUCCAGGCUGGUCUGCUUUUGACACAGAAAUCUACCUUGGCGACGGCGUCUUUAAAUGGCCAGCUGGUUACGGCCUGCUUCGAGCUGGGUCUGCAUCAGGACUGCUCGAACUGGCGAAUGAAGACUUGGGAAAAGGGUCUGCGGAAACGUCUGGCCUGGGCGUUAUACAUGCAGGACAAAUGGUCCUCGCUUGUGCAUGGUCGCCCUUCGCAGAUCUUCGCAUUCAACUGGACCGUCAAGGACCUCGUGGAGCAGGACUUCUCAGAUGCCUUUGCGUCCGGCACGGACUCUGCCCAUGACGAGGGAGACGUGGGCCAUGGCCCCCUUCUCUUCUGCCAUAUGGUUGCAUUGACGACCAUCCUCUCCGACAUCCUGGACCGUUUCUACACGCUUCAAGCGAUCGAGGACUUCCGCGCUGCAGGCAAUCAGCGCACUCGUAUCAUCCUGGAUAAGGCGAAGCCGGCACAGAUCCGGUUGAAGGAGUGGUUCUCAUCUCUACCGGCGGCGUUGAAGAUGGAGUCCUCCAGCGGCGAGCUAGUUGAGACCAUCACCGAUGAACACGCCCGCAACGGUGCUCUGCACUUGGCUUAUUUCGCGACCGAAAUUACCCUGCACCGCUGCAUCGUGCGCUCACUGGCCGGUGACGGUACGGACUCUUACCUCGCACACAUCUGUCGCUCUGCGGCAAAGACACGGCUUAUCUCGGCCAUGGACUUUGUCAACCGACUGCGGCCUGCGCACCUGCGCUCAUUCUGGCCCGCCUCGGCGCGCACGAAUUUCUCAUUGAUCGGUUCGUUCGGCAUGCUCCUACGCAUCACGGCGCCAACCAAUGAGGAGGCUGAGUUUUACCGUGUUCGGCUGUGCGAGUACCGCUGGACACUCAGCGUGUCUCACAAGAACGCCGAGUUUAUGGGCUUCGCGCUGGAAAGCCUCGACCAUGCGACGAUGCUGGAUAAGCAUGUCCCCGCCAAACCGAGUAUCGACGAGCUGAUGGCCACCUCGGCCAAGCAGCCUUCGCGACCGAUUAUGGGCCCCGGCGAUUAUGACGAUGCCAUGGGCGACGUCGAUAUGCAUGGAACGGCAGCCAGCUCGUCUGUUAUCUCUGGGUUGGCCUCGCCGGCGACUAGUGUCAGUGAUAUCGAAGGCGAUGAGACGCCUAUGCCACCUCUUUAA